ACUCUGAUGCUGCUGUGGGUGCCUUCAUGCGACCUGUGUCACUACGACUGCUCGUCACUCUGGACUAAAUCUGAGGAUGUCUGGAAGAAAACAACCUGAAAAUGGGAAGAAAAUGAUUUCAAAUUUUCACCAUGACCACACCUAGGCUUAUCUACGACCUCCAGUACAACCAUAAUGCAGCAUCCACACAAUAUCAGUCUUGACUACCAGGCUAAGCUGCUUAUGAAAGGACCUUCACAGAACUGUACAACCAAACCCCCUCCACCUGUUCCUCCACAUCCCCUGGAUGAUAACUUCCUCUUCCUCUUCCCUGCUCUAUCUGUGUCCUACCCUUAAUCCCACCUUGGACUUGAAUGAAAACUCAGAGAAGGGUUACAGACGAUGGCAGUCUUAAGAGUUAAAUUUACCAAGACCAAGAGGGACAAGUUGGCCCAGGUGCUCUGGAUCCUAAACUGGAUCUCAGUGGUUACAGGGGCCAUCCUGUUCAGCCUAGGCAUCUUCCUCAAGGUGGAGCUCCAUAAGCAAAGAGAGGUGAUGGCUGAGAGGGAUAUCCAGUAUGUUCCCAACAUGCUUAUAGCCGUGGGUCUCAUUGCAUGUGCCAUAAACUUCCUGGGUGGGAAAAUCUGCUAUGACUGCGUGGACACCACCAAGUUUUUGCGCUGGAAGCUGAUCAUGCUGCCCUAUAUCAUAUGCACCUUCUUCUUCACCUUUUGUGUGCUAGUAGGGGCUCUGAUGUGUUACUGCAUGCAUGGGGAACUGGAGGAGUCUCUGAACCUGGGGCUGACAGAGGCCAUGAGGUUUUACAAGGACACAGACACACCAGGACGCUGCUUCCUAAAGCGCACAGUGGACAUGCUGCAGGUGCAGUUCCAGUGCUGUGGAAACAAUGGCUAUAAGGACUGGUUUCAAAUUCAGUGGAUAAGCAACCGUUAUCUGGAUAUGUCCCAAAAACAGGUGGUGGACCGACUAAGGAGUAAUGUGGAUGGAAAGUACCUAUUGGAUGGAGUCCCUUUCAGCUGCUGUAACUUCAACUCGCCCCGGCCCUGCAUCCAGCAGCAGAUCACCAACAACUCUGCCCAUUUCAACUACGAGCACCAGACGGAAGAGCUAAACCUUUGGAUGAAAGGGUGUCAGCAGGCGCUGCUGGAGUACUACACAAACAUUAUGCAGUCUAUCGGCCUCACAGUCCUCAUCACCUGGUUAUUUGAGCUGUCAGUGUUGACCGGGGUUCGUUACCUCCAGACCUCCUUGGAAAAUGUGCUGAGGCAGGAAGACCCCAACUCUGAAUCUGAUGGCUGGCUGCUGGAAAACAGCUUCAUGGAAACUGCCCGCAGCAACCUGAAUAUCAUCAAGAGCCUUGGCAAGGGCAACCAGAUAGACACAGCAGGCAACGGAGACCCCAACAUUAAUGUCCCCUCCACCUCAAAAGCACACUAUGGUCCUGACAAUGUUCCACCAAAGCAAAUAACUGAAGCCAGUUGACCUCUUUCAGUCAAAAGACCCCAAUGAAGGACAUCCCCUACAGCCCACAAAGGGCUUUGAAGCCUGUACACAUUACACUGGUAAAUUCUUAUCUCUAUAUCUGUGGAGAAGAACUGAGACUGAGCAGUUAUACAAAGAAUAUUGUCUGUGGAAAAUUAAACAUACUGUGGGGAUUAUUAAACAAUAUAUGAUCCCUGAAGGGUAUUCUCCUGCAGAUAAUGCCUUGUUAACUUUAUGCAGUCUUUUCACAUAAACACCAUGAUUUAAGUCACCAUUAAUGCACAUACAAAGUGCUACCAAAACACCUUAAAUGCACCUUUGCAUUCAUUUUGCAAGUGUUUGAACUCAGAGGGGUGGAACACCAUUAUUCCAAAACUCAUUUCCUAAUUUGGUGUUUUAAUGAUGGUGGUGACUAGUGACUGCCAAGGCCAUAACACAGGAUUUAGGUCAUUUCCAUACACAGCCCAUUCAGUGACCCUUCACACAAUGUGGACCGGGGCAGUAGCAUCCUAAUAACUCCUCAAAAGGGUUUAUUGGACCCACAGCAUGCUAACUAAACAUCCCUCACAGUAUAAGCAAAGCCACAUUUUCUAUAUUUGUUUGUAAGACUAUCUGUACUGUAAUCUAUUGUUUACAAAUGACAUCUGCUGCCUGUGUAUCUCGUGGUUUUGCAAAAAGCUGCAAAAACAGCUCUGUACACCUGUCAGUUGCAACACUGGAAUCAAAAUGAACUUGACAUAGAUUUACUGUUUGCUGAAGACAACUGUGGGUUAGAAGUUAAAGCACCUAACAUUGUUUCCCAUGUUUUCAUCUGAACAUACUGGAAAAUCCAGCCGGAAGAAGUUAGAGUUACAGCAAAAAAAAAAAAUGCAUUUCACAAUCAAAAGAUCUUUAGUGAUUAGUUUCUGGGUGUUCAGACUGGUAACAACAAUCUUGAAUCUUGUGUGUGCCCUUUUCCGAGUUGCCUGACCGCAUUAGCAAAGUUGUAAGAAGGGUAGCGAAUAAUAUUACACAGUACCUUUUGUGUUUUCACAUAAGUAGAUCACCAGACAGAAAUCCCUGAGUAAUUCUUAACUAUUACUCUUAGAAUAUUCAAGCCAGUGCUGCAAUGAUUUUCUUGUGCCUCAGCAAUGUCACCAAGUUUUAAUGCUCUAAUGAAAACACUUCUUGCUGGGAUGAGCUACCAAAACAUUUGUCACUGCUUUAAUGAGGAUUUCAAUGUCUGCAAACUAGCCUUGCUGAUAUGAUCUGCUCUUCCUGCCUUUCUUUUCCGAAACAAAGCCGGGAAGUCCUUUAUACUAAAUUUAUGCUGUACUUUUUAAAGAAUUAACAAUAUAAGUAGAACUGCAAAAAUACCUAAAUGUUUAGAGCAGUUAAUAAUAGAGAACAGAUCGUUCCUUUUUAAAAGAUUUAUUCAAAUCUUGGACACUAUUGUUUUAACCAUUUCAGAGCAUUGGAACAGACUGCCUGCAGAUUGUCUUGUGUCUUUAUUUCCACAGACUGGAAGUCAUUAAGUACUGUCAAACAACACAAAAAGGUAGAAAUUAUAUAUUCACACUUUUUUUUUUUUUUCCUGAAAUGGCAGAGAAAUAAUGGAGUACCUGAAAACAUAUACUGGGGUUUUAAAAAAAAAAAAUUGUUUUUUUUCUUAAAUAAAACAGUGCAAUAGAUAAUUAAAAACAAAAAUUUAGAUAAUGAUAAAAUGUGACAAUGUGUUGCACAGUAGUUCAUCCAAUAAUUUUUGAUUAUAAGCUUUUGGCUGAAUAAAACUUUUUCUCAAA